UCUGACACUUGAAAUCAAACAACAACGACAUUAUGUCUGGAAGAGGUAAAACCAGUGCCGGCAAAGCCAGAGCCAAGGCAAAGACCCGCUCCUCCAGGGCCGGGCUCCAGUUCCCCGUGGGCCGUGUCCACAGGCUGUUGAGGAAGGGCAACUACGCCCAGCGUGUGGGCGCCGGCGCCCCCGUCUACCUGGCGGCCGUGCUCGAGUACCUGACCGCUGAGAUCCUGGAGCUGGCCGGAAACGCCGCCCGCGACAACAAGAAGACCCGCAUCAUCCCGCGCCACCUGCAGCUGGCUGUCCGCAACGACGAGGAGCUCAACAAGCUGCUGGGCGGAGUCACCAUCGCUCAGGGCGGAGUCCUGCCCAACAUUCAGGCUGUUCUCCUGCCCAAGAAGACCGAGAAGGCCGCGUCCAAGAAGUGAACGCGGACCCUUCAACACAACAACGGCUCUUUUAAGAGCCACACACUUUCUCUGAGACUAUUUAAAACCUCUUCUAUAGCACAUACUAAGUUUUUGUCAUAAUACAUACUUACAGUUUAGGUUAUAAUCUAAGUAACCUCUUAGAUAUGUAAUAUAUAAAAACAAUAUAUAACCAUGUUCUACUUGUACACACAAGCUUUUUAACAUCAGAAUACAUGUCGUUUUCCUUCUCUAACAGCAGC